UCCACUGGAUUAGCCAAUCAAAUCGCAGAUUGUCGUCCUACUCCUACCCGGCUUCGAUUAAAUCAUCACGAACCCUAGGCAGAGAAAGCCCUCCUCCAUUGAAUCUCAUCCCUCCGAAGCUCCCUUCCGCUGCAAUUCCGAGCUCCUCUACGGUUCAGAUGGCUUCGUCCUCCAUGAAUCGAUGGCUGAGGCCAGAGGUGUAUCCGCUGUUUGCGGCUGUCGGAGUUGCAGUGGGGAUCUGCGGCUUCCAGUUGGUCCGCAACAUCUGCAUCAAUCCUGAAGUCAGGGUGACCAAGGAGAAUAGGGCCGCGGGAGUCCUCGAGAACUUUACUGAGGGUGAGAAGUACUCCGAGCAUGCCCUGAGGAAAUUUGUCCGGAACAAGUCUCCUGAAAUCAUGCCGGCCAUCAACAACUUCUUCACUAGCCCUGACAGAAGCUGAAUUGCCUUCUGAGUCAGAGAAUUGGAGCUUGUGAAAAUGCCAGCUUUCAAGGUUUGAAACUUGCAGCAUGAGAUCAUCUUACCAAUAUAAUGUUGAAAUUUACAAUUUGAAGAAAGUAUUCGAAAUAAGCUUUGGGGUACUUUUGAUUUGGUUUGUUAACCUGAGAUGAGUGGCUGAACCACUUCUUUUGUUCAUGCUUAUGAUGGCUGGCUGAUGUUACUGA